AUGGAACCACCUUCAGCAGCCCAAAUAAUGCAUGAUGAGGAAGAGUUGAUGGACAUUGUUGCUGGCAGAAGCCGGGGGGGCACUAGAGAGGCGGAGCUCAGAAAGCUGGAAAUGUUUGAACUGGAAAGAAUGCAACAGAGAGAAUACGAGCAAUCAAAGCAAGAGGAAAUCCAUCCCAGUACACCAGGCGACACCUCCACGGGAGACGAAAUCACCGAAGAACUAAAGGAAGAUGAUGUCUCUACGUCGAAGGUGGUACAAGAUCAAAUGUUUAUAACGAAUCAUCCUCAAGUUACCAGCAAAACUCCGUCAGCAGAAGCUGGUCCAGAGGAAGUGCAACCAAGGUUGACUUGUGUACAAAAUCAGCCAGGUGUGGCUACCAUGCAUCCAGGAGCGUAUGCAGUGGCCCCUGGGAACCCAAGCAAUGAAAGUACGGCACAUGACCAAGCCACCACUCCAAGGGAUGAUAUGGAUGGAUUGGCAGUGGCGAACCGGGUUGAAGAUAAUGAAGAACCUGCACAGAUUGCAAGACCUGACCAUUUGCAUGGGGAAAAUGAAUCAACCUCUAUGAGUGUCAUGAUCCUUGUUGUCAUUGUUAGCAUUCUCAUCAUUGGAGUGAUUAUUGUUGGUUCCGUCUGUGGGGCUGGUCUCUGCAGCAAAAAAGGAGGUGAUGUGGAGACUCAGGCUCCCACUUCCUUUCGAUAUUUUGUUUUGGAGGACAUUCAAAACAGAAUCGAAGAGGCUUUUGGACCUGACUAUUUUCCCAAGAAUGAUAAGCAAGAACCCACCCAGCCAAAGUUCAAGGCUCUUGAUUGGAUCGUGUUUGAGGAUCCUCUACAGCUCGACACAGAUGCCAACAAUCUUCUACAAAGGUUCAUCUUGUCAUUAACUUACUUUCAAACAUCCCGGGAGGGUGAUUGGCUUGCCUGUGGACCAUCUUCAACCCCAAACGAUGAAACAUGUUGGUUUCAAAUCCAAGGUUCGGAUUCAUUGGCAAGUAGGUGGCUCACAGGUGUUCACGAAUGUCAAUGGGCGGGAAUUUUUUGUGACGGAGAGAAGAGCAUUACUCAGUUGCUGCUCAGGGAAAAUGGAUUGAACGGCCCUCUGCCAACAGAAUUUGCAGGUCUCCCAGCACUGGAAAAAAUAUCGUUUGAUUGGAACCAACUGACAGGCACAGUUUCAAGCAUAUAUGGCAGCUUCUUUUCCCUUUCUUUACUGCGGCUAGGCCACAACCAACUGUCUGGAAGUAUUCCUGUGGAAUUGUUUGGAAACAAGCUCUCCACAUUAUUUUUAUUCAACAAUUCAUUAACAGGCACAGUGCCCACAGAAAUUGGACUCUUUGAUGGGACUGGUCUUGCAUUUGAUUCAAACAGCAUGUCCGGUUCCCUUCCUACAGAGCUCUUUCAGGCUGGCAAAGGAAUCCAUUCGCUUCAUUUCAAUGACAAUAAGGUAUGA